GUUGCGGAGAGGCUUGCAGGGUCGGGAUGUUGGGGGUGCGCGCGGUCCAGGAGCAGAGGCGCCCGGAGCAGAGCGCGGCGGGCCCGUCUCCCGCACGCUUUGUGUUGGGGCUGGACGUGGGCAGCUCGGUGAUCCGCUGCCACGUCUAUGACCACGCGACGCUGAUUCGCGGCUCCAGCGUGCAGAAGAUAGAAAAUCUUUAUCCUCAAGCUGGCUGGGUUGAAAUUGAUCCCGAUGUUCUCUGGCUUCAGUUUGUAACUGUAAUAAAGGAAUCUGUUAAAGCUGCAGGAAUAGAGAUGAAUCAAAUUGUUGGUCUUGGCAUUUCAACACAGAGAGCAACUUUUAUUACGUGGAACAAGAAAACGGGAAAUCAUUUUCACAACUUCAUUAGUUGGCAAGACCUAAGAGCUGUUGAACUUAUAAAAUCUUGGAAUAAUUCCCUCAUAAUGAAGCUAUUCCAGAGUUCCUGCCGAGUGCUGCACUUUUUCACUAGAAGUAAACGAUUUUUAGCCGUCAGUUUGUUCAGUUUCACAAACCAGCAUGUUUCUUUGAGACUGGCCUGGAUUUUACAGAACCUGGUUGAGGUGCAAAAGGCAAUUGAAGAAGAUAAUUGCUGCUUUGGGACUAUUGAUACCUGGUUGUUACAUAAGCUCACAAAAGGUUCUGUAUUUGCCACGGAUUUUUCAAAUGCCAGCGCAACUGGACUCUUUGACCCUUUUAAGAUGCGUUGGAACCGGCUCCUUACUUCCAUGCUUUCGAUACCACUGUUUAUCCUGCCUCCUGUGAGGGAUACGAGCCACAAUUUUGGAUCAGUGGAUGAAGAGUUAUUUGGUGUGCCUAUACCAAUAGUGGCCUUGGUCGCCGAUCAGCAGUCAGCCAUGUUUGGAGAGUGCUGCUUCCACGUAGGAGACGUGAAACUAACCAUGGGAACUGGGACAUUUUUGGAUAUUAAUACUGGAAAUAGCCUUCAGCAUACUAUUGGAGGCUUUUAUCCACUAAUUGGGUGGAAGAUUGGCCAAGAAGUUGUAUGCUUAGCUGAAAGCAAUGCAGGAGACACUGGUACUAUCAUCAAAUGGGCUCAAGAAUUAGAUCUUUUCACAGAUGCUGCUGAGACUGAAAAAAUGGCCAAAAGUUUAGAAGAUUCUGAAGGAGUCUGUUUUGUUCCAUCUUUUAGUGGAUUGCAGGCUCCAUUAAAUGACCCCUGUGCAUGUGCCUCUUUUAUGGGUUUGAAGGCUUCCACCAAUAAAUACCAUCUCGUACGAGCAAUAUUGGAGUCAAUAGCUUUCAGAAACAAACAGUUGUAUGAGUUGAUGCAGAAAGAGAUCCAUAUCCCUGUGACAAAAGUCCGGGCAGAUGGAGGAGUUUGUAAGAACAAUUUUGUUAUGCAGAUGACUUCAGACCUGAUUAAUGUGAAUAUAGAGAGACCCAUCAACUUAGACAUGUCCUGCCUUGGUGCAGCUUUUCUAGCUGGCCUUGCUGUUGGGUUUUGGACUGACAAGGAGGAACUAAAGAAACUGAGGCAAAGUGAAGUGGUUUUCAAGCCACAAAAGAAAUGGCAAGAAUAUGAAAUGAGUAUGGAAAACUGGGUCAAAGCAGUGAAACGCUCCAUGAAUUGGUAUAACAAGAUGUAGCACUAACUGGAACGACUGAAACCAUAUACGGCUGGUUGAUACGACACGCAGAGGAGACACAGCUCAGGGAUAAUAACCAAUACGACAAUGACUGAGAAGAUUUCAGAUGAGCUCUGCAACCUGAGAGAAAAAACAUUGCUUUUUUGAAUACGAAACAAAACAAAAUAUCCCUCAUUUUAAAAUCUAAACCUUGGUAAGAUUGUAAGGCAACAGUACCUCAAAACUUUGUAUCUUCUGUUUUGUAGCAAAUUCCAAAGGACGUUUGCCAUUUCCAGCCAUAUUUUGACAGCUGUGGGUCCUCCUCCUUUUUAUACUUGGUCAGCAAUACAUACGAACGUAAUUGUUUACUAUCUGAGUUAAUAGUUCUGGGUCAAGCAUCAUUCAUGUUUUGUUCCAAAAUUAACAAGUGUUCCUUUAAUUCUUUAAAAUUAAAUGGGCUAUAUGAAGUUCACAUAGCUAGAAAGAAGGACUCACUGAGGAAAUGUGGAAUUUUGCAACAUUAAUAUUUUAUAUUUAAAGCCAUAAUUGUUCAAUACUAUAUCCAAAUAUGAGCUCGAUAUAGGCUCACAUAGGCUUAUUGUUAGUCAGUUCUUUCCUUUAUUGGGCUUAAAGACACUGCCUUAAUUUUUCCUUGUUUUCACCAAAAUCUGAGCAUUCUUUUUGUAUUGAAAAAAAUAACUUUAGUGAAUAAAACUACAAAGGGUAAUGAUUCAUAAGGAAAAAGAAAAUAUUUUCUUUCUCAAAUAUUUGAAAGAAAAGGAUUUCUUUCAAAAACUUCUGGCUGAAGUGUAACAUCCCAUUUUUUACAAAAUGCGGGUAGUGGAUAUAAAUCUUGCUUUGCUCUUCCUGUUCUUUAUCUUUGUUGUUGAGGUGCUUGCAUAAAUGUCUUUUGCUUUUAUUAAGUGCCUAAUUGACAGAGCUUAAUUUGAAGGAAGUGCCCUAAUUCAUUGGUGACAUAAGAA